AUGGAUGAGUCGGAGAAGAGCAGCAAUGAGUUGGUGAAGGCGCUGCAGAACAAGAGGAGGCGUAGUGUAUCGCUAACGAGUGGCAAGGGGCAGAAGGCACCCGCCCUCAACCCCUUCGUCAACGAAACUCGCUGCCUCACCCCCUACGACUUUGUGAAUGGCCAGCUCGUUGUCUGCGGCGUGCUGUUGUUUCCCUUGCGGGCGCUGAGCCUUAUCCUGCUUAUCCUCUUCUCGUACCCGUUCGCCAAGAUCGCCCUCCUCGGGCUCUCUCGCAAGGAGCUGCAGGAGCGGCCCUUGGUCGGAUGGCGCAAGAUGAUGCUGUUGGAGCUGCGGACCAAAGGCCAUCCUUCUUAUGAGGCGCCCAUCGUGGUGUGCAACCAUCCUUCCAUCGUCGAGCACUUCUGGCUGGUGCAUGUUUUUAGCCCCUCGGUCGUGGCCAAGGACAGCUUGGCCAAGCUCCCUGUACUGGGCACCUUCCUCAAGGCGUUCCAGGAUUCGCCCACGUCACGCAAGGAUACGGCGGACACGAUUCUCGCCCGGGCCAAGACCCACUGCGAGGCGAAGGGAGUCGAUACGUGGCCGCAGGUGAUGCUCUUCCCCGAGGGCACCAACUCCAGCUCGCGUGGCAUCAUCAGCUUCCGCUUGGGCGCCUUCACCCCGGGGCUGCCCAUUCAGCCGGUGGUGGUUCGGUAUCCGUUCAAGUACCACGACGUGUCCGCCUCGGAUCCCGCACUCCCCACACUCUGGUUGCUCUUCCGCACCAUGUGCCAGUUCUACAACCGCAUGGAGGUGCAGUACCUGCCGGUCUACUACCCGAGCGACGAGGAGAAGAGCGACCCCAAGCUGUUCGCCAACAACGUGCGCCAGGUCAUGGCCCGGGCAUUGGGCGUGCCCACCACCGAACACGCCUACGAAGACGUCAUGCUUCAGGGCGAGGCGGUGAAGAAGCACUUCCCGGCGCCCAUGGUGCUGCUCGAGGCCGGACGCAUCCACGAGGCCUUCGAUUUCGUUGACCUGUCUCGCGCCAACCUCCUCAAGUACUUCGAAAAAUUCAUGGAAAUGGACGCCGAUCACUCGGGGGAAAUCACCUACCCCGAAUUCGUGCAAGUGCUGGGGCUUCCCGAUACGCCCUACACGCAGAACCUGUUCCAUCUCCUCGACGUGGACGAGAGCGGCAGCAUCGACUUCCGCGAGUUUAUCACCGGGCUGGCAAUGCUGGACAAGAGCACAUCGGAGGAGACCCUGCGGUUCGUGUUUGACAUAUUCGACGUCAACAAGGACGGCAAGAUCUACCGCAACCAACUCGGGUCCAUCCUGCGCACCGCCUUCCCGGCCCUCACGGAGGAACAGAUCGACGAUCUGUUCGCGCGAGUGGAUGUCAAGGGAUACGGCGCCAUCACCUACGACGAGUUCGUGGAGUUCGCGGGCAAGAAUCCAGAGUACGUGCGUCUGUUGCUCGACGUGAGGAAAGAACGGCAGAAGCAGGAGAAGCAGCAGGUUCAAGCCGCCUCCACACCACAGUCCAAGAAGAACGACUAA